AUGGCAGUCAUCAACCAGCCAAACAGUCAAAUCAAGCUCACAAAUGUUUCCCUUGUGAGGAUGAAAAAAGGAAAGAAGAGGUUUGAAAUUGCAUGCUAUCAGAAUAAAGUUCAAGAUUGGAGACUGAAGGUUGAAAAAGAUCUCGAUGAAGUUCUACAAAUUCCACAGGUUUUCAUCAAUGUCUCAAAAGGGCAAGUGGCCAAUAACGAUGACUUACAAGCAGCAUUUAACACCACGAAUCAGGAUACUAUCAUUCAAGAAAUACUAAAUAAGGGUGAGAUUCAAUUGAAUGAAAAGGAAAGGAAUGCCAACUUACAACAAAAGCAAAAUGAAUUUUUGACCAUUAUCUCUACUAAAUGUAUAAAUCCAAGGUCGAAAAAGAGAUAUCCUCCUUCUAUGAUUGAGAAGGCUUUGAAUGAAUUGAAGUUUCACCUAAAUCCAACAAAGACAACAAAGACGCAAGCAUUGGAUGCAAUUAAACUUUUGGUUGAGAAACAAAUAAUACCUAUUGCGAGAGCUCAAAUGAAGAUAAGAAUAUUGCUUACUAAAAAAGGUUAUCAAAAAGCAUAUGAGGACGAGAUCAAACCCAAGAUUGACCAUUUAGAUGAGCUUGAAAACAACGGUAAGCAGUACGAGAUUAUGGGUAUUAUUGACCCAAUAAAUUACAAAGCUCUCGUGGACUUGUUGGAAUGUAAAGAUUUGAAGAAUGAGGGGUCUAUAGAGGUUUUAGAUAUGUCAGCUACAAAGGACUAA